UAGUUCCAUUUCCCAAAAAUCCCAACUGAGCAUUUCUCAAAUCUCCGGUUCUCCAAUUUCCGAAGGUUGUCAGGCACCAUGGCGGAGAUGAUCGCCGUCUCCCUCUCGGCAAAGGUUGCCGGCGCGCUGUCGAGACCCGUGGCCAUCAAGCUCUGCUCUCUCGCCGGGAUUCCCUCAGGCAUCAGGGCGGCGGCGCAAGACCUCGAGCUCCUCCGCGCCUUCCUCCGCUUCGUCGACACCCGGCACGGCGGCGGCGACGCGCUCGCCGACGCUUGGGUUGACCAGGUACGCGACGUUGCCUUCGAACUCGAGGACGUCGCGGACGAGUACACCUUCCUCUCCGGCCACACCUCCUUGCGCCGCCGCUGCGCUAACGUAGCCGCCUGGCUCACGCUCUCCAGGCGGCUGCGGGUGGCGCGGGAGAGGCUCCGCGAGCUCUCGGCCACCAAGGAGCAGUACGGCAUCCGUCCUGCUGCCCAGGCCUCCAUCUCGGCUGCUGCUGGUGAAGGCGAAGACCCCGUGGCGGUCAUCGGCCGGAGGCUAGCAGAGAGGUCACACUUCGUAGAGGAGGAUGAGAUCGUUGGUUUCGCGGCGCAUACAAGGUUACUGAUGAAAUGGCUGACCGGGGAUGCUGAUCCCCAGCGUAUGCGGCUCUUAGUCUGUGGCAUGGGCGGAGUUGGCAAGACAACUCUUGUCACAAACGUGUACAAGAAAGUUGCUGCGAGCUCCCACUUUGAUUGCCACGCGUGGGUCACUGUCUCCAAGAGCUUCACGACGGAAGACCUCCUUCGAAGAAUCGCCAAGGAGUUUCACCGGGACGUCCUUGCCGGCAUGCCGUGGGACGUGGACAAGAUGAACUACCGGUCACUGGUCGAGGCUUUGCGUGGGCACCUCUCCAACAAGAAAUACUUGCUUGUGCUGGAUGAUGUCUGGGAUGCACGUGCGUGGUACGAGAUCCGCGAAGCUUUUGCCGAUGAUGGAACAGGAAGCCGGAUAAUCAUCACCACACGCAGUCAAGAGGUCGCUUCUCUGGCAUCAUCCGACAAUAUCAUCAGGUUAGAGCCGCUCUCUGAGCAGGAAGCAUGGUCCUUGUUUUGUAAAACCACGUUCAAGGAAGACGCAGACCAGGAAUGCCCAAAUCAACUGAAGCAUUUGGCUACUAAGAUUCUUGAAAGAUGCUAUGGUCUGCCAUUGGCCAUUAUAUCUGUUGGUAAUCUGCUCGCGUUGAAGGAGAGAACAUUGUUUGCCUGGAAGAACGUCCAUGACAGCCUUGUGUGGUAUGGAAGCAGUGACCAUGGAAUUGGUCAAGUGUCAAGCAUACUGAAUCUGAGCAUUGAUGAUCUGCCACACCACCUCAAGAUAUGUCUUAUGUAUUGCAAUAUAUACCCGGAGGAUUUCUUGCUAAAAAGGAAGAUCCUGAUCAGGAAGUGGAUAGCUGAAGGUUUGAUUGAGGAAAAGGUGCAGGGCACAAUGGAGGAGGUUGCAGAUGAUUACCUGAACCAGUUAGUGCAACGUAGCCUGUUGCAUGUCGUACUGCACAACGAGUUUGGACGUGCCAAGCUAUGCCGUAUUCACGACCUGAUCAGGGAAUUGAUUGUUCACAGGUCAACAAAGGAGAGAUUGUUUGUAGUCUCAAAGCGCACAGUGACAUUAGAGCCAAGCAGAAAAGCUCGCCAUGUUGUACUCGACCAAUGUACAAGUGAUUAUCUGCCAGUUCUUAAGACAGCAUCGCUUCGUUCCUUCCAAGCAUUCAGGUAUGGCUGAUCAAUAUGAUGGGCAGCUGAUAGACAAGGAGAUCGAUAGGAACCAUCGAUCGCGACGUCUUAGUACAGGAACUUUCUGCAAUGUGCUAAAGAUGCGAGGACCGGAUCAAUAUUGGCGUAUUGAUCCUCGUUGGGUUUCAAGGCUGUGAGCAGCUGGGUUGUUGACAUUUGCACGGUUGGUCGAGCCUUCACGUGCAAGAUCCGAACGAAUCCACAUUGACGCGGCGCUUCUGAGUGCUCUUGUGGAUAGAUGGAGGCCUGAGACCCACACUUUCCACCUCACAGUUGGAGAGAUGGUGCCCACUCUGCAGGAUGUGUCUUAUUUGUUGGGGCUGCAGAUAGCUGGGCAAGCAGUUGGCCCAACAAUGGUGAAUGCUGGAUGGGCGGAUGACCUUCUAGCCAGUUUUGGUGGUGUGCUGCCUGUUGCACUGGAGGAUCUCACAGAUGGGCACGGGCCUACGAAAAGUUGGUUGAAUCAGUUUCGACAGGAUGUCUUCCCUGAUGACCAGGAGGAGUGGAUCGUGCAGCGACACUUAGUCGCUUACCUGUUGUGGUUGUUUGGAUGGGUGAUGUUCACGGGAACUCACGCUGACUCCGUGGACAAGCACUUCAUGCACUUUGCGGAGCAGAUUGCAGAGUUACCUAUCGUGGAGAUUCCACAGUACAGUUGGGGGUCGGCGGUACUUGCGGCGACAUAUGCCGGACUGUGUGAUGCUUGCGUGAGGAACAGCAAGCAAAGUUCACUCCCUGGAUGCCCGUUGCUACUUAUGUUGUGGGCGCACGAGCGCUUCGACAUUGGGAGGCCUCAGCUUGACUCGUACGCAAACUACGGUUUGCGAGAGAUGUACAGGUCUGGUGUUGAUGACAUCGACGAUCGUCCCACUAUGGGAUCCUUGUGGACACACCGUGAGCCGCAGUGGGUUAGCGGGACGAUACGUCGUGUCUACACUCAGUUUGUAGCUGACUUUGAUCAGCUUACGCCUGACCGUGUUCGGUGGACUCCCUACACUCAGCACGAUGUCAAUGAUCGUGCACCGCACGGUCUCGCGGAUCUUUGCACGCGAGAUAUGCAACUCUGGAUGACGACUUGUCACCUCGUGGUGGACGUGCACGUCGAGCCACACAAUGUCCACAGGGUUCUCAAACAGUUGGGCAUGUAUCAGGACUUCCCUCCGAGAGAUGGUCGUCCUUUGGCUGAUAGUCUUCAUAGGUACUCCAGAAAGGGGCUCGGGCUUUCCUACGAGCUAGUUAUUGUGACCACGGUUCAGCCGACGGUACAAGAGUGGGAGCACGCAGCUGAUAACUUGGCACUUCAGACACCUCCAGACGAUGGGAGUUAUUAUGGAGCUUACCUUCGUUGGUACCGCAGUGUUACACGAUGGAGGUGUUUUCCUCCACAAGGAGAUAGCACCGUCCCCCACCAGGCAGCGAUUACUGACACGUUUGCCCCUCAGCCUAGAUCAGCUUACAACUCAAUGGCGGAAUUUGUUGAGCACGUUCACGUGGAGUCCGACACCCUGCUGCAAAGACUAGAGGCGAGACCUCCAGUCGUCAGGCCUGACGACGUGGCGAGCAUCCUUCGCAACUUCCGUGCACGUGCUGCCGCACUACUACGUCGUGUCUCCUGUCGGAGCGCGGCAGAUGUGGUGCAGACGUCGGGCCGACGGCCAUCACCACCACUAUCCCGACGUUCCAGCUUGGAUCGGAGUGGUCCAUCCUCUUCACGUCGCGGGUACGAAGCGGCCCACACAUCUCACUGUCGUCCUUCCUUUCAGCACACCCCAGCACCGGAGUACACCAGGGGGUCAGCCGGAUCAGGGGUACCCACGUCGAGCACGGCACCACCACGUCCGCAGGUAUUCCAAACUCCGCCUUAUGUUCACCCCUCGCAGGGAGCAUCUGGGUCGGCACACUUCCCUUACAUGCCAACGGGGGACAACGUGUUGAACACACCAGCAUAGGGACUUCAUAUCACUCCGCGUGCGCCAGAGCAGGGCCACACACAGCACACAUACGAUGAGUACGGUUCGGCGUCGACGCAUCACGGAAUGCCUGCUUACUCCCCUCGCACAGCAUUCAUUGAGGACUUCUUUUCCACUGAUCCUCCCCAGGGGGAAGUAGGGAUGGAUUACUGGCACGCAGCACCUCAGGUCACACAGCCGACGCAGGAGACGGAGGCCGGUCAGGGGUCAGACGUGACACCACAGCAGGCAGCUAGAGAUAGGCACCCCCCUGAUAAUUUGACAUAUCCCACUGAGCAGAUUAGGCGUAGGAAGAAGGGAGGACCUAGCAAGCGUGCGAAGGGCACUGAUCGUCCUUGACUUAUCUAUUUGUAUUAAACUUUUAGUCAUUUAUGUUCUGUCCGUACUAUUUGAGAAACACUUUACGAUUAACUUAGUACUAUCAGUACUAUUUCAUAAACUUCUUCGGAUAAUUACUCAGUAGGAUACCCUUCGAAUGAAUCAUGACAAAUUAUCAUUCAAAUAUACAAA